AUGGAUGAGAAGCAUUUACUUGGAGAUUGGACCCGAAAUCAUCGAAAAAGAGAUUCACGUUUCAAAUCCUGCGUCAUCAUUGCGUCCAUCAUAUUGUGCUUCUACAUUGUUUCCGAUCGCUUGUUGAGCAGUUUAUCACCGACUCAUAAACCAAGGGCCUUCAGAUACAAUGGGGAGAAUAUCAGCUGGGAGUCCUGCGGGGAUUUUGAGGGCAGUUCCCUAGAAUGCAGUACUGUUGAUGUCCCCAUGGACCAAUUCAAUCCGGAGAAUUCCGGAACAAAGAGCUUUACCAUCCCUCUCAUUCGCAUGCGAGGCAGCAACGCGACCCAAAACCUCCUUCUGAACCCUGGUGGUCCCGGGGGCAGCGGCUUUGAAUUCCUCUACCGCAGAGGCGAGCAACUAAAGGCCAUUAUCGGCGAAGGUUUCCACCUGCUCUCGUUUGAUCCUCGCGGGAUUAACAGCUCCACGCCAACCGCCUCUUGCUACCCCGACGAGAAGACCCGGCAGGAAUUGUCCCGCGUUCGAUCUCUGGAUUUACAGGGUGAUAGCCCUGAGGUCUAUGCGUGGGCGCAGAACUUUGCCAAGGCAUGUCCUGAGACGAUGGGCGAAUAUGCCAAAUAUCUCAAUACCCCUCAGACAGCUGCCGACAUGAACAGCAUUCUUGAUGCUCUGGGUCAGAAGGACAUGAUCUACUGGGGAUUCAGUUAUGGCAGUCUACUGGGUCAGACAUAUGCAACGUUGUUUCCCGAGCGAUCGAAGCGUGUUAUCAUUGAUGGGAUUGCGAAUCAAUUUGAAUGGUACGAAGAUCUUUUUGAAGCAGAGUCGUUGGUUGAUACGGACAAAGUGCUCGAUGGCUUCUUUGAUGAGUGUAUCAAGGCGGGAGCAGGAAAUUGUCCCCUGGCCUCGUUGGCUACAUCCAAGGAUAAAUUACGUGAUACGGUGCUCUCAUACCUAGAUGCGCUUAAAAAGCAGCCUGUCAGUGUGUACAUUGACAACUCCCUUUAUGGCUUGCUUGACUAUGGGAAGGUCUGGUAUAAUGGGUUUUUCGAAGCCCUAUACAAACCUCCGACUUGGACGACCCUCGCAGAUAAUAUAUACAAACUCAUCCAAGGAAAUGCUACAGCUGCAUUUUUAGCAUAUGGGAUUGAAGAAACUCGGGCAACGCAUCAUGAAGGAAAUGAUUUUAUUACCCUCAACGACGGUCUGAGUGGCCCAGACCACUGGCCUAGGGACAGACAGGCGUUCCUGGAUGAGAUCGUGCCCUUGUUCAACCUAAGCAUGUUCGGCGGUUCGCAGAUCAAAGGUUACCACGCUCGGCAGCACUGGGCUGUACCUAAGACACAUUCUUAUGUGCCGCGCAAAGGUGUUAAAACGGCGCACCCACUACUGAUUCUCUCAACGACUUAUGACCCCGUGUGCCCACGUGUAUCCGCGCGGUCAGCGAACGAGGCAUUUGAGGGCUCGCAGAUUGUCGAGCUCAAGGCAUACGGACAUUGCUCUGUUGCAGUACCGUCUGUGUGCAUUGCGAAACACGUGAGAGCUUUCUUAUACGAGGGCAAAUUACCCGAGGAAUACACGCAAUGCGAGGUGGACUCACCCUACUUCCAGCGGCCCGACAAGACCGGGCAGUUGUCAGCUCACAAGCACUUUGAUGACGCCGAGGAUGCCAAAAUACAUCAAGCGCAGGUGGUACUAGCAAGGGAGUGGGAUUUUGCACCAGUCAAGUAG